CUAUGGCACCCCCUCUUUUGGGAUCUCAACACCUUCCUUGCGGUCCCAUCACAACACUUCUUCUUCCCUUCACCAUCUCUCUCUCUCUUUCUCUCUCUCUCUUUGAGAGGAUGAGCAGCAUGAGCUUCUUAAGCAUGAUGGAGGCAAGACUGCCUCCGGGGUUCAGAUUCCACCCCCGGGACGAGGAGCUUGUGUGCGACUACCUCGCCAAGAAGGUCUCGGUGGAUGGUGGAAAUGACAGCUUCUACGGUUGCCCCAUGAUCAUUGACGUUGACCUCAACAAGUGCGAGCCAUGGGAUCUUCCCGAGAUGGCAUGUGUGGGUGGCAAGGAGUGGUAUUUCUUCAGCCUCCGGGAUCGAAAGUAUGCGACCGGGCAGCGGACUAACCGGGCAACGCAGUCGGGUUAUUGGAAGGCAACAGGGAAGGAUCGGCAAGUAAGCCGGAGGGGAGUUCUUGUCGGAAUGAGGAAGACUCUGGUCUUCUAUCAAGGAAGAGCUCCAAAGGGGAGCAAGACUGCGUGGGUCAUGCAUGAAUUUCGCAUGGAAGGACCCUGUGAUCCCCCAAAGUUUUCUUUCAGGGAAGAUUGGGUUUUGUGUAGAGUAUUCUGUAAGAGUAGAGGAGUCGCCUCCAAGCCCAUUGCAGAGACUUCCUAUGAGGACACAGGCUCUUCCUCCCUCCCUCCCCUCAUGGACAGCUAUAUCAAUUUCGACCAAGCCCCGCCGAGCUUAGAAGCGUAUGAGCAAGUGUCCUGCUUCUCCAACCUCCCUCCAAGCCCGGCAUCCCACCACCCGAAUGCCAUAGUUCCAAUCAUCCCUCUCGUUGAAAGAAGCCUGCCUGCCAAUAUCUCAGCUCAUAUGGGGGGCUUGCCUGCAGAUAUGGCUUCUUGUGAUAAGAAGGCUAUCAGGGCUGUCUUGAACCACCUCACCAAGUUGGAGAGCAACCCAAAGAGAGAGGUCCAUCCAAAUUUGAAUCAAGGAAGCUUAGAGAGCUACUUAGCUGAAAAUGGCCUGUGCCAUAUUUGGAACAACUAAUGUUAAGUGAGAUUUUUCUAAGGUCUGUUAGGAGUUGAUUAUAAGAUAUACCUAGACUUCCAUCACACUUGUACAUAUAUAUAAUCAUAUACCUAUGUGAGCCUAGUGUUUUUUUAGCUGUAGGUUUUUUUACCUAUAAGAAAAGAUCUUUUCCGGGUGUGCUUGAUAAACUUGUCACCAACCAUUCACUUGUACCUUCUGAUCUUUAUCAAUGGACAGGUCGGGGCUUUGCCAAAAC